AUGGAACAAAAUUUGCCAGUGAUAGCCAAAAAGUUUUGGCACAUGGUACGGGUGGUAUAUUUCAUGUUGAGGAAAGGGAUAUCCAAGGGAAAACUAAUGACUGAUCUCAACAUGAUGAUGAAACGGGGCAAGAUAGCCGGUAAGGCAAUACAAAAACUUAUGUUCCACCACAGCCAUACUUGGGCAUCAUCCUUCGCUGCUUUCGCCGCCCAUCACCGCCGCUCCCACGACAAACACCUCCCCUUCCCGGCUCCCUCUGGCGAAUACUAUGAGUUCAGCUGUAGCAACAGCCCAGCUUACCCUAGCUUCCACCUCCCAUUCCACCUAAGCAAGCGCAAAAGCAACCACCACUCCAACCUCUUCACCUGCACUCAAGCGCCCGCGGCGGAGGACUCGGACGCAGCCGUGCAUGCUGUCAUGAGGGCCUUAGAGAUGCUGCAUAGCGAAACGGCCUCGCCGGCUUUGCCAGGGUUUGGAAAGAGCCCUAUGGUUAGGCAGCUGAGGAUAACCGACUCGCCGUUUCCUCUAAGGGAUGUGGAUGAAGAUAGCCAUGUGGAUGAAGCUGCAGAGGAGUUCAUAUCCAGGUUUUACAAAGAUCAGAGGAGGCAAAAUGCAAUGGCUGCUUUGGGACCUUGUUGA